CAGAGCAAGUAUUCGUCAUGUUCCACUAUCUGCAUCUCAGGAGUCGUUUUCUACAGACCCUCAUCCUCGCACUGAUCGGCCUGACUUUCUAUGCGUAUUACCGUACCACCGUGUAUGAUGUUCGCCAGUACAGCUUACCACGAAACACCAAUUAUUCUGCGUACCAAGAUGGCCUUCACGUUCACACGAAUUUCAGUCAAUCUAAAAACUCUAGCUCAGACAGCAUGUCUCUAAGCCCAUACGUAGCGCACAACUCUAGCAACAGCUCCUUGAUUUUCACUACAUUGUCAACGUCCUCCAGCGUACAGUCUUUGUCCUCGUUGUCUUCCGUGAGCACGUUGAUCAACUCGAAGCGGAGGGUAAACAAGAAGCUUGAAAUGGCAAGAGUUACCAAUGUGACUAAGUCGGCGCCAAUCGUAGUUCGCAACGAUUCGGCACGCGCCAUAUACGAGGCUGGACACAUCGUAUCAAUUCCUGAGCGUUGCCCGAAUCUCGGCAAGGACAUGGAUUUAGUAAUGAUCGUGAUGUCCGCGCCGACCCAUCUAGAGGCGCGGACUGCGAUUCGGCAGACCUGGGGACACUUUGGCCAGCGCAGUGAUAUGAGUGUACUCUUCAUGCUUGGUACCACUCUUGAUCCAAGAGUGGAGACGAUCCUGCGUAAGGAACAAAACAUGUACAACGACGUGAUACGUGGUCGUUUCCUUGAUUCCUAUUCAAAUCUCACUCUCAAAACCAUUUCGACAUUGGAGUGGGUAGACACCUAUUGUUCUAAGGUGAAAUAUCUGCUAAAAACCGAUGAUGACAUGUUCAUCAAUGUACCGCGACUGUUAGCGUUCGUGUAUAAACAUGUCAAAGAUCGCAACGUGAUAUUCGGUCGACUGGCCAGAAAGUGGAAGCCAAUCCGGAACCGCAAGAGCAAGUACUAUGUGUCACAGGCACAAUUCCAGCAGUCUGUAUUUCCAGACUUUACCACUGGUCCGGCAUAUCUAUUGUCGAGCGAUACGGUGCGUCGUUUGUAUGAUGCCGCCCUAGACCAGACAUAUCUGAAGCUCGAAGAUGUAUUCACAACGGGCAUCGUCGCGCAUAGGCUCGGCAUCAAGCGCUCGCACGCCAAUGAAUUUCUGAAUAAACGGAUACAAUACACGGCCUGCAACAUUCAACGCGGCAUUAGCAUACACAUGGUCAAGUACAGUGAGCAGUUCGACCUCUGGAAAAAGCUGCUCGACGGUAAGAGAGUCAUCUGUACAAAAUACCUACAAAUAAAUGUAUAAGAUUUUUCAGAAUCUUUUCAUUUCGUUAUAAAACAUUUUUUAUUGAUUUAUAUGCAUAUUUUAUGUUAUUCUGCAAGACACAAACCUGUAUUGCAACAGAUUCUUUUUUUGAAGAUUUUCCUAUAAAUAUAUACGAUUAUCUUCAGCUCCGAUAGGGUUAUUUGACACUAUAAAAGAUUAAAUUAGCUUAUGAUCUUAUGGACAGGUGUGCUGAUGUAAGCUGUAUCCCUAUUUUAUAUUUAAACCAUCAUUUUACAUUUAAUAUGAUAAAAUGAAAAAGAAAUGAUAUAAAUAAAACUGAUUAGGAAACUACAAAACAUGUAAUAUUGUCAAUAAUAUAUUCACUUUUUUUAUUAUUUAAAUUAUAUAAGAAAGAAUUCUUCUAAGAAUUCUAUUUUCAUAUUUGCAGAAUUUGUUUUUAACUGAUUUUGUACAGAAACAAGCCAUGGAUUUCAAGUUUUUAUUUCUUCAAUUAUCUAAACAGAUUAUGUUUUUAUCAGUAU